GCUCUUUCAGUGUUUCAGCAUCUACACAACCCUGAUCGUGCUUCAUUUUUUUUCUUCUUCUUCUCAUCGAGCCACCACCUAAAACGCCGCUCCUGUUUGGCCAAGCGCGCUGCGACGCCCUGCGAAUUUACUUCAGUGCGUCCGGCCACAGUCUCUGGGCUACUUUCUAUGCAAGACAGCUGGAGGAUUUUAGGGGCUGAUCAGGCGUCGGAGCAAAAUAGGCUAAACUUAAAUGACUUCCGAUCACGAAAUGAUAAGACAGCGUGUGAAAGCGCUUCUGGACAAACCUGGGAAUGGGAACUGUGCCGACUGUGGAGCUGCAGGCCCGGAGUGGGCAUCGUACACCCUUGGCGUGUUUGUGUGUCAAAGCUGCUCAGGCCUCCAUCGAAACAUUGCUCAGAUCAGCAAGGUCAAAUCUCUUAUUCUGGAUCCCUGGAGCCCUUCUGAGUUGGAGUUUAUGGACUCUGUUGGUAACGAUGCUGCCAAAGCCAUAUAUGAACAGCUAGUUCCUGCCUUCUACUACUGCCCCACCUUCAAGGAUUGCACGGUCCUGCGGGAUCAGUGGAUCCGAGCCAAGUACGAGAGGAAGGAGUUUUUGUGCGUGGAAAAGCAGGAACCCUACUCGGCAGGCUACAGAGAAGGGUUUCUGUGGAAACGUGGCAGAGACAACGGACAAUACCUCAGCCGAAAAUUUAUUCUGUCCGAGCGAGAGGGCGUGCUUAAAUACUUUAACAAGCAUGACGCCAAAGAGCCUAAAGCGAUUAUGAAGAUCAAUACUUUGAAUGCCACUUUCCAGCCGUCCAAAAUGGGCACUGCCCAUGGCCUGCAGAUAACCUACUUAAAGGACAACAGCACUAGGAAUGUCUUUGUUUACCACGAGGAUGGAAAGGAAAUAGUGGACUGGUUCAAUGCCAUCAGAGCAGCUCGAUUGCGCUACCUGCAGGUGGCUUUUCCUCUAGCUCUGAACUCUGAGCUUCUGCCAAAGGUAACCAGAAACUACCUAAAACAGGGCUACAUGGAGAAGACUGGUCCAAAGCACACAGAGGGCUUCAAGAAGAGGUGGUUUACGAUGGAUGACAGGAGGCUCAUGUAUUUCAAGGAUCCACUGGAUGCCUAUGCACGUGGUGAGGUCUUCAUCGGUAGUCAGGAAAAUGGCUACAUUGUGCUUCCCGACCUUCCUUCCACCACCCAGGGUCACCAUUGGCCAUUUGGAAUAACAAUAGUGACCCCAGAUAGGAAGUUCCUCUUUGCAUGUGAGACCGAAGUGGAGCAGAAAGAAUGGAUCACUGCUUUCCUUACAGUUAUUAACAGACCAAUGCUGCCUCAGGAGUAUGCAGUGGAGGCAUAUUUUAAGCACAAACCGUGAUGAGGAUGAAGAACUUGGUGCAGGGUGAGGAAUAUAGAAACUGCCGCUGGAAGAAGAAAAAAACCUUGACAUCUUGUAAUAGAAGCACUUACGAAAACUGAAGGCUCACAUAGAAAAGAGCCUCACGGUGAUACAGCUUUGAUUAUUUGGCAUUCCAGCAGUUACCCUUUUGUCUCUGCCCGUCGUCUUCGUCAGCCUCACCUACAUGAUGUGCCAGACACGUUUCGUGGGGAGCCAUGAAUGUUAGCUAACUCAUCUGCUAUGUGGUCUGACUUACUUUCAUACUUGAAA